AUUUAUUUUGAAAUUUGCACCAGGAGGUUGCGGUGCUGUUUGUUCUUAGCUUGACGAUGUUCUGUGAGAACCUGCAAAGGAAAGCGACCUGGGUGCUGAGCUUCGUCCUGGGGAGGGCAGUGGAGAUGUUUACUCCUCCUGGUUUCCUGGACCAGUGUUAGCCUCUCCGUCGCCAUGCCGUAGAAACCCCGCCGGGCGCUUGGAUGAAGCCUAACGGGGACUGCAGCAGCAGGGAGGCAGCGGGGCGGCUGUAACCGAGGGAGGGGAGAAUGUACUGGGCUGCUGGCUUCGCCUCUUCCCGACCGUGUGUGGUUGAACUCGGGCGGAACCACAGCCUGCCUCUCGGGCUGUGCGCCUCCGAGCAGCAGCAGUCUUUGUAUGGCUAUAUCAUCGCCUUUCCUUUGCAGGACUACGGGGGCAUCAUGUCGGUUCUGGGCUCGGACUCUUGGUGGAAGAAGACUCUGUACAUCACCGGGGGGGCCCUGCUGGCUGCUGCAGCCUACCUACUGCACGAGCUGCUCGCCAUCAGGAAGGAGCAGGAGCUGGACUCUAAGGAUGCCAUCAUCCUCCAUCAGUUCUCCCGGCCAAAGAACGGCGUCCCCAGCCUCUCACCCUUCUGCCUCAAAAUAGAGACGUACCUGCGCAUGGUGGAUCUGCCCUACCAGAACUACUUUGACGGGAAGCUGUCGCCUCAGGGUAAGAUGCCCUGGAUCGAGUACAACCACGAGCAGGCGUCAGGGUCUGAGUUUAUCGUGGACUUCCUGGAGGAGAAGCUGGGGGUCAAUCUCAACAAGAACCUCACCCCCCAGGAGAGAGCCGUGUCCCGAGCCGUCACCAAAAUGGUCGAGGAACACCUCUACUGGACGAUAGCCUACUGCCAGUGGGUGGACAACCUGGAGGAAACUCAGAAGCUGCUGGCGAUGAGCGGGCCUCUUAGCGACACGCUGAAGUGGCUGCUGAGCCACCUGAACGGCAGCAUGGUGCGCAGGGAGAUGUACGGCCACGGCAUCGGACGCUUCUCCAAGGAGGAGGUGUACGCACUGAUGGAGAAGGACAUGAGGACGCUGGCCACUCUGCUGGGAGAUAAGAAAUACUUCAUGGGCUCUAAGAUGUCUACAUUAGAUGCCACAGUGUUCGGCCAUCUAGCUCAGGCCAUGUGGACUCUACCAGGGACACGACCAGAGCAGCUCAUCAAAGGAGAGCUCAUCAACCUGGCCAUGUUCUGCGAGCGGAUGCGGAGGAGGUUCUGGCCUGAGUGGUUUAUGGAGGUGGAGGAUCUCUACUAUGAUGGAGACAGUGAGAGCAGCGGCGGCGGCUCGCCGACAGGCCAGCUGGACUUCGGCCUCUUCUCCAGGACUGACACUCUGGACGACAGCGACGGCAGCAGCCAGUCGGCCGGACACACUCACACACACUCCCCCGACUCCGACCACUCCCUCUUUGACUCGGACGUGGGCACGGGGUCUGACAAUGACAUUCAGCUUAAAGAGGAGUUAAUGCCGGACCUGGAGGUGUGACCUGCAAUCGGCUGACAGACUGAGACUGACUGGAGGCUGGAACAUUCUGCUGUGUGGUUUUUGCUUGAUAAAAUCUGGCUGGAACAACCGGUCCAGACGACAGCUCGCACAGCAGAAGAAAAUAUGCCAGUUCUUCCAACUGCAAUACCCAGCAUGUUUGAACAUCCUAGUGGACAGACUGGGCGUUUAUAUGCAGAGGAUACAAACUGAACCUCCUAAUAAUACACAUGCUACUGUACGGUUCGUCCCCUCCUGUAACGUCAGAACUGUCCCCGUGGCGGUUCGUCUUUGCCUUAUUUGUCUCGUCCUAAGAUGCAGAAGCUGGUGUGAAAGGUUAACACGAGGGGAACAUCUCAUCUAAUGAAAAGUGCGACGACAACGGAAGAGCGUUGCAAGACAAGACAGGUGGCUCCUCACUUGCUAUGAAAUGAUGCAACUAAUCACCACUCUGCCACGUGUCAUAACGCACAAACCCGUUCAGACAGGUAGAGACUGAUCAUGUGGCUCCAACAGAACAGCUGCUGUGUCUGUGCUGUCCAACCAUCCGUGUGCUGAAGAGUAAACACAGAUGACAUGGAGUGCCAGUCUAUGCCCCUAGAUUGAUCCCUGUGUCAUUUCCUUUACGCUACUGUAUGUGGAAAGAAUCUGUGUCAGAAUGAUUUGUGUCUCCAUCAGACUGCGAUUGUUGAAUAUGAGGAAGGAUGAGCAGAUUUGUGCCUGUUUCAUUUACCGGUUAUCAUCCGUGUUUCUCUCCAGUAAGUGAAUAUCUUUUUGCAUUUUGUUGCUGUUGAGCUUUGGGUUUUUGGUCAUUUCAUUUCCUUUCAGUCUCAUUUAAGAGCUGCAGUUUGUAAAUUUGACCACUAGAUGGAGUCAGCAGUCAGCCUGUUGCCUUCUCCAUUCUGUAACGUCAAGGUCAUUCCAUCCAGACAACCUGCAGCCCUUUUAACUCAUGACAUUACUUCUACUUCAUUCCAACACUUCCAUAUUGUGGUUCCCAUUCAGAGGUGACCUGUCAGUGUGUAGGUGUGAUGUGCGAUUGCAUGCCUGCUUACAUACUGAAAACGUGAGCGCAGCAUUAAACCAGCCUUAGUGCUCAGAACAUUAAAAAAUGGGUGAAGCUUCUCUACAACAGUUACUGUUGUGAUUUAUUUAUUAUCAGUGCCGUGUGGUUAUUAUUCUUUCUUAUGUGUCAAAUAUAUAUUUUUUGUUAAUCUUUGUUUUCUUAUUACUCUCAAAGAGAGAUGUUAUUUUGCACUAGUGGAAAUUUAUUUUCACCUUAUUUCAGUGGGAGAAUUCUGCUGUGAAGGUACAGAGUAGGCUAAAUGAAAGGGAAACACGGAUGUAAAGGAGGACGCUGAGUGUUUUAAUCAUGAAUCCACUGCGAGGGGACUGCUGCUUGUGUCGGCUGUGUGUAUGAAUGUUUCUGGGUGUGAAUGUCAUCAGUGAAGCAGUUGAUGGAAAAGUCUUUGCAGACUGAGUCAGAAUACCAGAUCAAUCAGGGCUGCAUAUCACUACGUGAAAAAGUUAGAAUUUGGACCAAAAAGUCUGGAGAAGUGUUUGCUUUUGUCUGUGACGUUAAGCUAGGCGGAGGUACGUGUAAUCGAAAAGCGAUGGCUGUUAAAUAGAGAUUGUGGUUCACAUAGAGUAGGUGUGGUUCAUAUUAAAGGGUUGGAAACACCCAAAUUACAGAAUGCAUUCUCUUACUUACAUCAAAUGGUAUCUAGUCAUGCAGAUGGGUUUGGUUUUGUUGGUCCAGGUUUUGCUCUUUAUCAGUCUCUCAUACAGGAAACACAUGGUCAGUGGGUUUCAUAGAAAAUAGUUCCAAUGAAACUGUUUAGAAUGGAGCUGUGGCAAAAAAAAUGACAGCAGACAUGUAAAUCAGACAGAUGAAUCUGAACAAAGCACAUGUCAGGGUAAAAUCUGAUUCAUGUCGGGAGAAACUCGUAGUUGGCUCUUUGACUUUUAGAUUUUGUCAAACAUAAAUGAAAUACUAAAAUUGAACACGUCAAAUAUUGCAUACUUUACCGUGUUUAAAACUGUAGUUUGGAUGUGACAGCUGUCAGGAAGAUGUGAAGAUUUAGAGAUGUUUCUGUAUGAUUAUGUAAAGCUGCUAUGGUCAGUAUUUUUACAUUAACAGUGAAUCAGAUUUAUGUUUAAUGUGAUAGGAGUCAGCUGCAGUGAUGAACCUGCACUGAAUUAUCUCUGACUUUACACUUUCCUUUAAUUCUAUGGAGAGUUUUAGCCCCUUAUUGUUUCACUUUUAUGACUAACAACGUCAGGGUUUCAGUUCAACUUUACUGUUUUUAUCUGCAUCAUUGUCAGAAAUACAGACACUACAACCAGCAUGUUGACAUGGUUGAGAUAAUUCGCUCAGGAGUUGGACACCAAACCAACAAUAAAUGUAAAGGUAGUGUUGUAUUCACAGUCUGUUCUGGUGCCCCACUUAUCAAAAAUAUACCAGUACAACUUUAAAUAUUCAAUCCAAUUCCAUUCCAUUGUGCUGGAGUAAAGAUGGUUAACUUAAAAUCUCGACAAGCAAAAUCAAAUCUAGAUGCACAUCUCAUACCAUUUGAGGUACCUGAGUCGAUCUGAUUUUUUGCAGUUUGAGGGAAUAAAAUGCUUCUUAAAAUUGUAGCCUUGAUAAGUGAGUUAGUUGAGCGACGUGCAGAGUUUGAUCCAGAUGUUGGGAUUGUUGUAACAACCUUCUUCCAUCAUGUCGUCCUGUGGUUCGCAUCCUGACCUGACCCUCCUCGGCGUGGGUCCUGUGCUUUUCAGUCGCCUCAUUUGUCUGGGCGUCAUAUACAGUUGGACUGCUUUAAUCAAGCCAUAUUAAAACUAGAUGUCUUGUUAUUGGAACCAUGUCAUAGCAUUACUGCUGGCGUAAUGUAAAUACUGUAUGUGUGACAAAGUGUACAAUACUGUAUGUAGAGCUGACUGACUGAUCAAACUACCCAUGGCAGUGCAGUCGUUAAAAACCGGAGCGACUGGAUGAUUUCAAUAAAGAAUAGCUGUGACAAUUUUAAA